AUGGUCUCAGACAUCGCUAUUCCAGUUGAGCUGCCUCCAGGAUUGGAAGAGGAACCAGGCGCGGAUAGUGACGACGAUGAAAUUUUCUCUUCCACCGUCUCAGCUAUUACUAAAAAGGAAACAAAGAAGACUACUACCGUGACAUCAGGCAGAAGAAAUUUGAAAGACCAAGAAAAAAUAGAUGGAUCCGGUCCCGACGACGAAGAAGCGAGGCUGGAGAAGGAAUUGGCAGAGAUUUAUAAAGAUUCCGAUUACCCGGACAUAACUGAAAAGAAAUUUGGAGAUAAAGAAACUGCAUCGACCAUAAUAUCCACCUUAGAAGAUGAAGAGAAACCGAUAGGUAGAGCCAAGAAUGGCUUCAAGUUCGCACCAGAUUCUACGAGCAAGGCGGAAAUUGAAAAGUUCAGGACCUCAAUAGAUGAGAUAAGCUGCAAAAACAGACAGAAACUCAGCGUCACUCAACCUAACAAAAAUGAUCCCGUUUUGCUCAAAAAUGUCAAUUCUUCCUACAAAUUCGAAGUUCCUAUGAUAAUAUCGCAUUUAGGUCUAGUUUUAUUUACAGCCAUGUGCAUAUAA